UUUGCCGAAUCUCUCCUGUGUGAUUCCAGGAACAGAAAACCGGCAAACGAUGUUUGAUGCUGGGGUUGUCCUUUUUCUCCUCAUGUCAGGAGCUAGCACCUUCAUGAUCCACAACACCCACCAUAGCCUGUGCCUGGAGAACUCAGUGCCAACAGGAGAGGUUCUCCUGAAAAGGUGCAACCUGGAUUCAAAGGCCCAGCAGUGGAUCUGGAAGGACCAGUGGAUGUUGAUGGCUGUCAGCACAUCUGGAUGUUUGUCAGCCGAGCACAGCAAACCCAUCCAGACCACAUUGUGUCAGGGACCAGAGGUCCAGUGGGACUGCAAGAGAAACAGGUUGAUCAGCAAGAACACAUCACUGCUGCUUUCUGCAGAUGGCCAGCGUCUCACUCUGUCUCAUGACAGCGAGCAUUCGAAAUGGAGCUCUCUGGAUGCAGGAGACAUCUGCCAAGAACAACUCAGAUCCAAGAGAGCAUCUGAUGAGGCACACGAGUCUGAGGAUAUUAAAGGCCUAACAGAGGAACAGAAAGAGUAUCUCCAUUGGUUCUAUCGCUCUGAGGACUCUUCCACAUGGGUAUUUGUAUUGCUGGUUCUGGCCUUCAUUUGCCUCCUUGUUGGGUUGUUGCUGCUGGGAAUGGGAGUCAUGGCCAGCAAGAGCAGAAAGAAGAUCGCAAAGUACAAGGCAGCAGCUGCUGGGGCUCAGAGGAGUGAAGCCAAGGAGCUGCAGGUCCUGUGUGGUUCUGGAGACAAGUCCAGUGCUCCACAAACAGAUGAGCAGAUGUUUCCAUCAUCCAACGGAAACGUCGGGGAUCUCAGUCCGGGAAACAUCUUGGUGACGUGGAAAGAUGGCAAUACCUCCGACCUGUACGCCAGCCCUGCAGCAGGCCUGGAGCUGGAGGAAGAAGGGCAGGAGGCUGAAGGAAUCGAGCAACAAAUUGAGGGGUCAGGAGAUCUGAACACCAUCUGAGUUCAUAUGAAGACCUGCAUUUAACCCUUAACGUGACAACAACGACAGUGUGACACUUAUUCAUUUUAUAAAUGGUCCUUUAAAUGAGAAACUGUGUUUGUGCAUAAAAUGUAGUAUUUUAUAAUAUUGUAAACAUGCAUUAAGACACAGUGGGAUUUUCAAAUUACAACUGGUAAUACAACUUUUUUUUUUUUUAUCGUAAAAAUAUUUUUACUUUUACUAUUGGUAUUGGGGAACUUGUACAGAAAAAAAAAAUUAAAUGACCUUUGUUCUACCAUGGAAAUAAUCAGAUUUAACUACAUGUAAAUGUGAGGACCUUAUUUUCCCAACAGGUUUUUAGCUUCUGAUUGUGGAAUUUUUUUUUUUUCUAAUAGCUAAGUUUGUUCAGAUUUCCAGGCAUUGUCUAUCCAUAAUGAUUGUUAUCCAGGGCUGAUUGUCACUUUAAAUCUUGUGGAAUGAAUGAAGACAUCUGAACUUUGUGUGUGUGUGUGUUUUAAUAAAUCAUUUGAUUUGAACGCU